AUGAUGUCGGUCAUCGUGCGCGUGGCCGGCCUGUUCGGACUGAUGGUGUCGGAGCCAAAGACAGAGAUCAUGUGCAUGCUGCCAAAAGGGAUCGAGGAACACCCGUUCACGGUCAGCGCCGCCGGCCAGACGUACAAGCAGACAGAUCGGUUUGUGUACCUCGGACGUACCAUCUCCGCGGACGGGAAGGCCGACCGGGAGAUCACGAGCCGCAGCUGCCGAGCGUGGAAGUGCUACCGCCGGAACAGUGCUUCGAUGUACGACAGGCGACGGGCCGACCGCCAGCUCAAGAUCCGGCUUCUCCAGGCUGAAGUGGUGGAGACUCUCCUGUAUGGGUGCGCCUCGUGGAGCCUAACAGCGGAGCACUACACGAAGCUCAAUGGGACCCACCGCCAGUUCCUUACACGGUGCAUCGGCUGGAGCAAGCGGAAACGCUCAGACCGCCCCCUGUCCUAUGCCCAGGCCCUCAUCCAGGCAGGCUGCGAGUAACCAUCGAGGCCACCGUGCGCAAACGGAGACUGUGUUUCGCG